AUGGAAGAGGCGGCAGCGGCGUUAGCAGCAGCGGCGGCGGGGGGGCCGUGCCCGGCGGACCGACCGGGAGUAGCGGCGGCGCUGAGCGGGGAGAACGAGGCCGAGAGCCGGCAGGGCCCGGCGGAGCGCGGCGGGGACGCGGCCCCGCUCAACCUGUUGGACACUUGCGGCGUGUGCGGGCAGCCCAUCCAGAGCCGGCGGCCCAAGCUGCUGCCCUGCCUGCACUCGGUGUGCCAGCGCUGCCUGCCGCAGCCCGACCGGUACCUCAUGCUGCCCCCCGUCCUGAGCUCCGCGGCCGCCGCCGCCCUCAAGGAGCCGCCGCCGGCGGCGCCUCCCUCCUCGCCCGUCUCUUCGCAAGCCUCACCUCUGCACUGCACGCCCAUCGGUGUUAUCCGCUGUCCCAUUUGUGGUCAGGAAUGUGCAGAGAGACACAUCAUAGAUAACUUUUUUGUGAAGGAUACCACAGAGGUUCCCAGUAGCACAGUAGAGAAAUCAAAUCAGGUCUGCACAAGCUGUGAAGACAAUGCAGAAGCUCAUGGGUUUUGUGUGGAAUGUGUAGAGUGGUUGUGCAAGACCUGCAUCAGAGCUCACCAGAGGGUUAAAUUCACAAAGGAUCAUACUGUGAGGCAGAAAGAGGAAGUGUCUCCAGAGGCAGUUGGUGUGACCAGCCAGCGACCAGUGUUCUGCCCUUACCACAAAAAGGAGCAGCUGAAGUUGUAUUGUGAAACCUGUGACAAGCUGACCUGCCGAGACUGUCAGUUACUGGAGCACAAAGAGCACAGGUACCAGUUUAUAGAAGAAGCUUUUCAGAACCAGAAAGUUAUCAUUGAGACACUAAUCACCAAAUUGAUGGAGAAGACUAAGUACAUAAAAUAUACAGGGAAGCAGAUCCAAGACAGAAUUCUUGAAGUGAAUCAGAAUCAAAAGCAGGUGGAACAGGAUAUUAAAGUUGCCAUAUUCACACUGAUGGUAGAAAUAAAUAAAAAGGGAAAAGCUCUGCUGCAUCAGUUGGAGACUCUGGCGAAAGAGCAUAGGAUGAAACUUCUGCAGCAACAACAGGAAGUGGCAGGUCUCUCUAAACAGCUGGAACAUGUCAUGAAUUUUUCCAAAUGGGCAGUUUCCAGUGGGAGCAGCACAGCACUGUUGUACAGUAAACGCCUGAUCACAUAUCGACUACGGUAUCUCCUCCGAGCAAGGUGUGAUCCUUCCCCAGUGACCAACAAUACCAUCCAGUUCCACUGUGAUCCCAGCUUCUGGGCUCAGAAUAUUUUCAAUCUAGGUUCUUUGGUCAUUGAAGAUAAGGAAACUCCACCACAUAUGCCCAAGAGCCCUGUGAUGGAACCAAGCUUACAGCCACCAGGCAGCUUACCUCCCAACCAGCUCUCCAAGUUCCCCACGCAGAUCAGCUUAGCUCAGCUCCGCCUGCAGCACAUGCAGCAGCAGGUCAUGGCCCAGAGACAGCAAGCUCAACGUAGAGCAGGACCAGCAGUUCUGCCAAACUCAAGAAUGCCAGGAGCCAUGCAACAGCCUCCUGCUUCUCAUCAGGCACCUCCACGCUUGAUUCAUUUUCAGAAUCAUAAUCCCAAGCCCAAUGGUUCAGCUCUUUCUGCACAACAGAUGAGAUUUCCCCAAAAUCAGAAUCUACCGAGGCCAGCAGUAAAGCCCAACCCAUUGCAAAUGGCAUUCUUGGCACAGCAAGCUAUAAAACAGUGGCAGAUCAGUAGUGGACAAACUUCAACCACCCCUUCAACUGCAAGCAGCACAACAUCGACUCCAUCGAGCCCCACAGUCACCAGUGCUGCUGGGUGUGAUGGGAAGAGCUACGGCCCCCCCGUGAUAGAUUUGAGCUCCCCAGUGGGUAGCUCCUUUAAUCUGCCAUCUCUCCCUGAUAUUGAUUGUUCAGGAAACAUCACGCUGGAUAAUGCUGUAAGGAAGGAUGGCACUGUAGAGCAGAAUCAGCCAAAACCCCCUUCAAACAGGACUGUGCAGUCACCAAAUUCCUCAGUACCAUCACCAGGCCUCUCAGGAGGAAUCAGUGUGACAAAUGUACACCCUCCAAUUCGUUCACCCAGUGCCUCCAGUGUUGGGAGCAGAGAGAGUUCUGGCUCCUCCAGCAGGCCACCAGGAGCUGACUCUACACACAAAGUCCCUGUUGUUAUGUUGGAACCGAUCAAAAUUAAACAGGAGACAACUGCACCAAACGAGAACUUUGAUUUCCCAAUUGUUGUAGUGAAGGAAGAGACAGAGGAGGAAUCCCGGCCUCGGAAUUCCAUACUUACUUCCUUGCUGCUGGAUACCAAUCACAGUUCCACUUCUGAUGAAGCUAUGCUAAGAACAGAUGCACCAGACAGCACAGAUGACCAGCCAGGGGCACUGCAGGAGAACACAUUCCCUGGGAAAACAGGAUGGAUGGGAUCCUCCCAUGGUAGCGAGGGCAGGAAAGAGGAUGAUCCCAAUGAAGAUUGGUGUGCUGUAUGUCAAAAUGGAGGGAAGCUCCUUUGCUGUGAGAAGUGUCCCAAAGUAUUCCAUCUUUCUUGUCACGUCCCUACUUUGAUGAGCUUUCCAAGUGGAGAGUGGAUUUGUACAUUCUGUCGGGAUUUGUCCAAGCCAGAAGUUGAAUAUGACUGUGAUAAACCUGCUCACAGCUCCGAGAAAAGAAAAUUGGAAGACACCGUGGGUUUGGCACCCAUAGAUCGCAGGAAGUGUGAAAGACUGCUGCUAUACCUCUACUGUCAUGAAAUGAGUCCUGCCUUUCAAGAUCCAGUUCCCCCCACAGUCCCUGAUUACUACAAAAUAAUCAAAAAGCCUAUGGACUUGUCAACCAUCAAGAAAAGACUUGAAGUGACCAAUUCAUUCUACACAAAGCCAGAAGAUUUUGUGGCUGAUUUCAGACUGAUUUUCCAGAACUGUGCUGAAUUUAAUGAGCCUGAUUCAGAAGUGGCUGAUGCUGGCAUGAAACUCGAAGCCUACUUUGAAGAUCUUCUAAGCAAUCUUUAUCCCGAGAGAAAGUUCCCUGUCCAGCCAAGCAGCCAGAGUGAAAAAGAUAAUCCAGAACUUACUGAUGACUCGGAUGAUGACUUUGUACAGCCCCGGAAAAAACGCCUCAAAGGAGAAGACCGUCAGUUGCUUAAAUGAGCCACAUGUGUUACUACAGAAAGUUUUUUAAAAACUGAGAAUAUUUAUCACUGGUAUCACUGUUUUGACUUGUAGGCUUGUGAAUAUUUACUAGACUUUCUACCCCCUGUCUGAAACACAAAUCUGAUGGAGAUCAAGGCAUGUGAAGAGCUUCUCUGAAGUUCAAACCUUUCAUCUCUUUUCUGGAGCAGCUUAAAAAUUGCCAUUUCUGUGGUGUAACAGCUGUUUAACUUUGCUUUGAAGAAGAAGUUUGUAUAGAAUUGAACUUCAAAACACAACAUGAGUUCAACAUGUGGCUUUCUGAGUUUGAAGAAAAUGUAAUCUCACCAGACUUUUAAUUUUACCAAAGGCAUAUGGCUGGCCAUAAUUUGAUCUCUCUGUACUGUAUUUAACACAAGCCAUGAAAAAAGAUGGUGUAACGUUAUUGUCCUGUGAUUACUGAUUGGUAUAAUGAAAGCCUAGUUGCCCCAACAAAGCUAUUGGAAAUUUUAAAAUGUAAGGGAGAGGGUAUUAAAAAUAACUUUAAAAAAAAAAAAAGGAAGAAGAGGAAUUUGUGUUUCUAAUGGAGGAAGUAAAGGACAGAAUAUUUUGGUUUGCACCAUUUUUCUCACCACCAGCAGCAAACAAUGGUGUUUCUGUACUGUUUUGUUUAACAGGUGUCUCAACUGUGAUGUACCUCUGUUUAAUGAAGUUGGUGGGAAAGUCUUGAGUGGAAAAAUGUUUGUUUGC